AUGUCUGGCCGAGGAAAGGGCGGAAAAGGACUCGGAAAAGGAGGUGCGAAGCGUCACCGCAAGGUUCUUCGUGACAACAUCCAGGGGAUCACGAAGCCUGCUAUCCGUCGUCUAGCCCGUCGUGGUGGCGUGAAGCGAAUCUCCGGUCUCAUCUACGAGGAGACGCGAGGUGUGCUGAAGGUGUUCCUGGAGAACGUCAUUCGUGAUGCAGUCACCUACACGGAGCACGCGAAGAGAAAAACUGUGACUGCCAUGGACGUUGUCUACGCGCUGAAGCGACAAGGCCGGACCCUGUACGGUUUCGGCGGCUAA